AUGUGCAUAUUUUUCCCCACGCUAUAUCAGCUGGAGAGCUCCUGUAUCAAUUUCGGUGUAAGAACAGGCGGCUACGGUGAGGGUUUCCUAUUGUCAACGACUGGCUCUAUUGGAGUAGUGCUUGUGGCUAUAGUAUCUGGUUACGGAGCGGUGAAGUCCCCCUAUGCUAACAUAUCGAGGCUGAUGAACCCUGUUACCGAAAGGCAACUGCGAGAACAACAAAAACGACUACUGCAUACACUACAGCUGAUCGGGGAGAGAAAACGGACUGUUCUACAGGGAACUCAUCAAGCGAACUCCAGAGAUAGCAAAAAUGAUGGGUAUCUAUCGAAUGUAUUAGGAUGGAUUUUACGUGGUGGUUCGGGCGGAAAAACUUCCGAGCGGGAAAUGCUGUAUGAAAUUGAAGCCUUGGAGUCUAUGAGUGUUGAGAUGCAUACCAAUUUGGAGAACCUCAUUGACGAGCGGGAAAGAAUGCUCUACUCCGCGACAUGUAUCGGCCGCUUGAAAAACGUCUGGGGAUCUAUCGCUGUAUUCACGAAGGAGGAGGAGGAGAAGGUGGAUAAUGUCGGUGGUAUGUACGUAUAA